CGUGCUGGGAUCAGCUUGCGGCAAGCCUCCUUCCUGGCCUGUAGCGAGACCACCGUUAGCGCCGCUCCGGCUUCCGCAGCUGCUCCGGCCCCGGCGGCUGCCGCGGCUCUGGCUGUGCUCGGCCCCGUUCGCCUUGGUUCUCCGGCGGCCUCGGCAGACAUGUUGUGAGGCGGCGGCGCGGGUGCUCAAAGGAUGGUUUGGCCGAGGCGGCGGCAACCGCUGCUGGUGGCGGCGGCCGCGGGGGCUCCGGCUCUGUAGAGCCGGGACUGUGGGUGUGCGCCCGGGCCUGCGGCCGGCAGGGCUCCCGUGCCGUCCAGGUCCGUGUGAGCCGGUACUGGAGGGCAGUCCCGGAGCCCUCGGCACCCCGACCUUCCCUUCAGACGCACACUAGAAUCUCCCACACAGUGGGCGUUCUCGGCCCUCGAACCCACCUCUUCCUCGUUUCCGAGCUUCCCCGACCCCGACGUCCCUGCCCGAGGGCAGCCUGAAAUCUUCGCGGAGUGGUGGACCAGAGUCAAGGAGUUUAAAAGUUGAGGCCUGAAAGACAGGAAGGUACGAUGGCUUCCUCGUCUGGCAACGAUGAUGAUCUCACUAUCCCCAGAGCUGCUAUAAAUAAGAUGAUCAAAGAGACUCUCCCUAACGUCCGGGUGGCCAACGACGCCCGAGAGCUGGUCGUGAACUGCUGCACUGAAUUCAUCCACCUUAUAUCUUCGGAGGCCAAUGAGAUUUGCAACAAGUCGGAAAAGAAGACGAUUUCCCCAGAGCACGUCAUACAAGCACUAGAAAGUUUGGGCUUUGGCUCUUACAUCAGUGAAGUAAAAGAAGUCUUACAAGAAUGCAAGACAGUAGCGUUAAAAAGAAGAAAGGCCAGCUCUCGUUUGGAAAACCUUGGCAUUCCUGAAGAAGAGCUAUUGAGACAGCAACAGGAAUUGUUUGCAAAAGCUAGACAGCAACAAGCAGAAUUGGCCCAACAGGAAUGGCUUCAAAUGCAGCAAGCCGCCCAACAAGCCCAGCUUGCUGCAGCCUCAGCCAGCGCAUCCAAUCAGGCAGGAUCUUCUCAAGAUGAAGAAGAUGAUGAUGAUAUCUGAAAUUCACCAUCUCGGCUUCUGUGUCCUCUAUAAGAAAACAGUGGAAGAAAUGCUUAUCUGUAAUUGUGUAUGCAUCUUGGACUUACCGUUGGUAUUCUAGAGACGUCUGCUGUCAGGUUUCAACUGCUGUGCUAUACAUGUAAAACUGUCUCUUUCAACAUUGAAAAUUUAAGGUUCAAUAUAACAUCAGCUUUGAAUUUGUAAUGGUGUUUCUGGAAUCUAUGAGCAGUGUGAACCCUUUAUUUGGUCUAUAAACAGUAUUAUAGAAAAUGUCAGGUUUAUAAAAAUACAGUGAAAUUUACACAAAUGUCUUAAUUUGUAUUUGCAUUUUCUCUGCCCUUUUAACUGAACUAAAAUUGAGUUUUAUAUUGAGAUGGGGCAUGGUGUGAUGCAGAAUACGUUGAAUCAGGUCAGCGAAAAAAAUUCAGUUCUCUAUAGUAUCUAAAUUUUUUUUUGUCUUUUAAAGUGAGUAUA